AUGAGCACCCAUCUCUCACACGCAGAUAUGGUGGUCCAUGACACACCGUCCGUGGGCGUUAAUGACAGUGACAGUACACACUCAUCCUCGCACGAUGCACAGUACAGCGCAGUGCUGGUCAACUCAGCGUAUGCGUGUCUGGUGGAAGCUAAAGAGUGCGCUACACAG